AUGAACUCAGUUCAACGAAAUGUGACCGCCACACUGGACAGAGAAAAUAGAAUUGUCAAAGUUUACGUUGCUGUUGAGUACGAAGUGUACACGUCAUACAAAUCUGAUGUAAACAAAACGGCCCGUAUUAAAGCAACUUUAUUUGCUGAAGCAAGCAAGUACUACCAGGAAAGAGAUAUUCUAAUAACAAUCUUGGGUCUAGAAAUUUGGAACAUUUCAAAAAUAACGUUGAAACCAAACGCCACACAACAUGAUUUGUUAAACGAAUAUGACUUAUAUAACAAGAAAUACAUUAUACCAAACAAUCCUGGUCUAGAUACUUCAAUGCUUGUCGUGUGA